AUUUUAAUUUAAUUUGAUUUUUUUCAAUAAAAUGUUCAAAAGUUUUGUGAAACAAUAAAAUUAAGGUUCAGAACUUAAAUUUAAGUCUGUCAAAAAUGGAAGGAUUCAGAUCAAAUGAGAUCAGCUACGAAAAUCACAUCAGCAAAUGUCGGAUAUGCUUUAAAUCAUUCGCACCAGAUGAGCACUGGAUUGACAUCAACAAAAGUAUUGAGAGGAAAUUUCUUCAAGUUACUCAAACAAGUCUCAAAAUGUCAAAUCAGUACUCGAAGAAAAUCUGUGUAGUCUGCAAUUUUCAGCUAACAACAUUCAGUCAUGCGAAAGUCAACAUGAUCAAGGCUCAGAAAGCUCUCAUUAAAUUCAUAAAUUCAUCACAAAAGGCCAAAAAUUCAGAAAAUGUAAAGAAUUCAGUCAAAAAUGACACAAUUAUAUUUAAAUUCCAAACUGUUCAUCCACCAGAAAAUUUAGAAAUUAGUCAUGAUCUUGAGAUUAAUGAGGAUGUGAAGGAAGAGGAAAUAAUUGAGGAACAUUUGAUAGACGAUGAGCAUUUUCAUGAAAUUUCAUACCAAAUAGUACAAAACCAGACUCUCAAAUGUGAUAUCUGCAGCAAUAUUUUUGACAAUAAGUCCGAUUUUGAUGUUCAUAUGACAUCCCAUGACCCACCAAACCUUCAAAUACAAGAAAAUAGCUACAAAUGUGACUUUUGCUACUUAGAAUUCGAAAAUUUCACAAAUUGCCAACAGCACAUCCAAAAUUGCCAACAAAAAUCAUCAAAAAUUCAAAAUUCUACAAAAUGGACCUGCCAUGUAUGCAGCAAGUCAUUCUCAAGUGGCUCAAGUCUCACAAAUCACAUUGCAAUUUACCAUUCAACAUCCAAAAUUGAACUUCCAUGUCCAGUUGUGAAUUGUGUGAAAAAAUGCAGGACUAAAAAGCAACUGACGCAACACUUAAAGACACACAAUGAGGAUAAGCAGAUUUGUCCAGAAUGUGGACUUGUUGUGGGCAAUAAGCAUAACUUGACUAAGCAUAUCAGGAGGUUGCAUCUGAAGAUUUACAAUUUUUAUUGUGACUUGUGUGACUAUAAAGGGUUCUUCAAGUUUAAUAUUGAUCAGCAUAUGAAGAAGCACCUAGACAAGAGUGAACGAGAGAGAUUCUACUGUGAUGAGUGUCAAUUCGAGUCAAUAUCCAAAAUGUCAUUAAGAACUCAUAAAAGAAUGGAGCACAUGGGUCAGAAGAAGAUAUACUUGUGUCAUUGUGGGAAGAAGUUUACUCAAAGCAGUUCCUACUACACCCACGUCAAGGUAGUCCAUCAAAAAAUCAAAAAUCAUGCCUGUCCAUAUACCGAAUGUACAAAAACCUUCUCAGAGAAAUCUCAACUUAAGAAUCAUAUAAAAUCUCAACAUCUCAAAAAGCGUGACAUUCCAUGCAGUGAAUGUGGAAAGCUAUUCUCAACCCAAAAGCACUUAACUGCCCACCUCAAGUAUCACAAGCCAGCAUCCUUCAUUUGCCAAUACGAAAACUGUAACAACGCAUUCUUCACAUUAACACAACUUAAUUCACAUUAUAAAGUGCAUAACAAUCAGCGAGACUUUGCCUGUCAACUGUGUGAGAAAAAGUACUUCCAUAGAUCUCAUUUGAAGAAGCAUCUGCUGACUCAUAGCAAUAAUAAUGUCCUAAGAUGAUGAA